AUGAAUCGAAUGUACUUCGCCGAUAAUCAGCAAAAGCAGAAGGCUUUUGAUCGAUGUUAUGGUCAGAUGGCUACGAGCCAUUUCAAGCAAGGACGUAAGCUCAGAGCUCUGAUUAACCAGGAGGCGGCCGAGGAAGCACUGACUGAACAAAUGGCAAAGCUAUAUGUAUCAAGUAAUGCUAAGCAGCAUGAAUAUGACUACGAUGAAGUCUCUAAGAAACUGAGAGGAAAGGUUGAUAAGCCUGUUGAUCACAGCAAAGGGCCCAAGUGA